AACCAAACCCUCACCGGCGUGCAUGAGAGCACCCACCGCCGGCGCUCCCGCCGCUCCUUUCUUCGCAGUUCGCGCGACACGCAUCUGAUUAGCCGCUCGUUGGCUGCGUGCCGAUGGCGCCGGGAUCCAUGGGGACGGUCUUCAUCGGCGACCCGACGGCCAAGCUCCCCGACGACCUCCUUGUCGAGGUCAUCUCCCGCGUGCCGUACAAGUCCACCUGCUGCUGCAAGUGCGUCUCCACGCGCUGGCGGGACCUCAUCUCCCACCCCGACCACCGCGACAAGCUUCCCCGGUCGACCCUCGCCGGCUUCUUCCACGCAACCUCCGCCACGGAACACCAUCGACAUCUUUCUCAUGGUUACUUAAGCGUCUCAGGGAACUGGUGCCGUCAUGACGCUGCCCUCUCGUUCCUGCCCAAAUAUGAGAGCCUUGAAAUCUUGGAUUGCUGCAACGGCCUCCUCCUCUGCCGAGGCCGGAAGUCGACUGACCCCAAGACGCUGGAUUACGUGGUGUGCAAUCCGGCCACCGAGAAAUGGGUGACUGUGCCGGCCACCAAGUGGUCUUGGGAUAUGAGCAGCGCUUGCCUGGGAUUCGACCCGGCCGUGUCCUCACAUUUCUAUGUGUUCGAGUUGGUACCUGCCCUUGCUUGGAAUCCGAUUAAGAGGGAUGAUUAUAGCAUUGAAGCGGUGGGGAUCUACUCUUCCAAAGUUGGAGUCUGGACACACCCAAUUGUUUUGGACGACCCAAUUGAGAUACUCUACUUAUCAGGUGGCGCGUUCUUGAGCGGAGUAUUGUAUUUAUGUUCUGAUAAUAAUUCAGUUGCAGCCAUCGACCUGGAGGGAAAUUGUAGGAUCAUUCCUCUUCCUACUCCACAUGAUGAUCCUGGUGGUCCUAAUGUCUAUGUAUCACGGGGACAAUUGUAUCUCACAAUUCAGGGUGCUUCCGAACUGUCUUUCUGGGUUCUUGAAGAUUCUAGUAGUGAAAAUUGUUGGACCCUGAAGCUCAAUAUCAGCUACUUGCGACUGUUUGGAAUAGACUAUUCAAGCUCUGAGCAAUUUUAUGGUGUUAUCUCAGCCCACCCAGAACACAAUAUGAUAUUCAUAACCAAAGGAUUUAGAUUGUGGUACUGACCAGAGACGAAACUAUUUUCAUACGAAAUGGAUUCUGGGGAGCUGCGUUUCAUAUGUGAUCUUCCAUGGAAUUCCAGGUUGCCUUAUCUUUCCUAUGUUCCUUUGUUCUCGGAGUCAUUAGCAGACGGGCACUAAAUGUCUUGUGUAUUGGAGCCUCACAAUUGGCAGCCUUUCUGAGGAUACUAGAGUUACAUCAAUGGUACCAGCAGGGAAGCAAGUGAUUUGGGCAGAGCUUCAUGAAGUUGCGAUAAAGUGGUUGGUGCUUGACUGCACUCAUGUACUGGACUUUAUGCAGCUUGCUAUUCAGUGAGCUUAGUACUCUGUUUGUGUUCGAGUGGCCAUUUAUAGCAGCCACACAGGCGUAACACCCUAGUACUUAACUAUGGAUAUUUUACUGUUUUGUGGAAUUAUUAUGAAUAUUGUAAUAUCUAUGUUCUUCUCUCUGCUUAUUUCCCUGUUUCUGAAUGUAUUUA